AUGCGUUGUCCGCCCUCCCUCCGAUGCCGAAUUUAUCCAUUGUCCCCUCCUCCGAUGCCGAAUUUAUACGUUGUCCGCCCUCCUCCGAUGCCGCCUCCCGAAUUUAUCCGUUGUCCGCCCUCCUCCGAUGCCGAAUUUAUCCGUUGUCCGCCCUCCUCCGAUGCCGAAUUUAUCCGUUGUCCGCCCUCCUCCGAUGCCGAAUUUAUCCGUUGUCCGCCCUCCUCCGAUGCCGAAUUUUAUCCGUUGUCCGCCCUCCUCCGAUGCCGAAUUUAUCCGUUGUCCGCCCUCCUCCGAUGCCGAAUUUAUACGUUGUCCGCCCUCCUCCGAUGCCGAAUUUAUGCCGUUGUCCGCCCUCCUCCGAUGCCGAAUUUAUCCAUUGUCCGUCCGAUGCCCUCCUCCGAUGCCGAAUUUAUACGUUGUCCGCCCUCCUCCGAUGCCGAAUUUAUCCGUUGUCCGCCCUCCUCCGAUACCGAAUUUAUACGUUGUCCGCCCCUCCUCCGAUGCCGAAUUUAUCCGUUGUCCGCCCUCCUCCGAUGCCGAAUUUAUCCAUUGUCCGCCCUCCUCCGAUGCCGAAUUUAUCCGUUGUCCGCCCUCCUCCGAUGCCGAAUUUAUCCGUUGUCCGCCCUCCUCCGAUGCCGAUUUAUCCGUUGUCCGCCCUCCUCCGAUGCCGAAUUUAUCCGUUGUCCGCCCUCCUCCGAUGCCGAAUUUAUCCGUUGUCCGCCCUCCUUCGAUGCCGAAUUUAUCCGUUGUCCGCCCUCCUCCGAUGCCGAAUUUAUCGUAUUGUCCGCCCUCCUCCGAUGCCGAAUUUAUCCAUUGUCCGCCCUCCUCCGAUGGCGAAUUUAUAAUGUUGUCCGCCCUCCUCCGAUGCCGAAUUUAUCCAUUGUCCGCCCUACUCCGAUGCCGAAUUUAUACGUUGUCCGCCCUCCUCCGAUGCCGAAUUUAUCCAUUGUCCGCCCUCCUCCGAUGCCGAAUUUAUACGUUGUCCGCCCUCCGAUGCCGCCGAAUUUAUCCAUUGUCCGCCCUCCUCCGAUGCCGAAUUUAUCCAUUGUCCGCCUUUGUGCCGAAUUUAUACGUUGUCCGCCCUCCGAUGCCGAAUUUAUCCGUUGUCCGCCCUCCUCCGAUGCCGAAUUUACGCUUGUCCGAUGCCCUCCUCCGAUGUUGUCCGCCCUCCUCCGAUGCCGAAUUUAUGCCAUUUAUGGUUGUCCGCCCUCCGAUGCCGAAUUUAUCCGUUGUCCGCCCUCCUCCGAUGCCGAAUUUAUUCAUGCCAAAUGUCCGCCCUCCUCCGAUGCCGAAUUUAUCGAAUUUUGUCCCGCCUCCUCCGAUGCCGAAUUUAUACGUUGUCCGCCCUCCUCCGAUGCCGAAUUUAUCCAUUGUCCGCCCUCCUCCGAUGCCGAAUUUAUCCGUUGUCCGCCCUCCUCCGAUGCCGCCCUCCGAUCCGUUGUCCGCCCUCCUCCGAUGCCGAAUUUAUCCGUUGUCCGCCCUCCUCCGAUGCCGAAUUUAUCCAUUGUCCGCCCUCCUCCGAUGCCGAAUUUAUCCGUUGUCCGCCCUCCACCGAUGCCGAAUUUAUCCGUUGUCCGCCCUCCUCCGAUGCCGAAUUUAUCCAUUGUCCGCCCUCCUCCGAUGCCGAAUUUUCUCUCUGAUUGUCCGCCCUCCUCCGAUGCCGAUUUAUCCGUUGUCCGCCCUCCUCCGAUGCCGAAUUUAUCCGUUGUCCGCCCUCCUCCGAUGCCGAAUUUAUCCGUUGUCCGCCCUCCUCCGAUGCCGAAUUAUAUCGUUGUCCGCCCUCCUCCGAUGCCGAAUUUAUACGUUGUCCGCCCUCCUCCGAUGCCGAAUUUAUCCGUUGUCCGCCCUCCUCCGAUGCCGAAUUUAUCCAUUGUCCGCCCUCCUCCGAUGCCGAAUUUAUACGUUGUCCGCCCUCCUCCGAUGCCGAAUUUAUCCGUUGUCCGCCCUCCUCCGAUGCCGAAUUUAUCCGUUGUCCGCCCUCCUCCGAUGCCGAAUUUAUCCGUUGUCCGCCCUCCUCCGAUGCCGAAUUUAUACGUUGUCCGCCCUCCUCCGAUGCCGAAUUAUAUCCAUUGUCCGCCCUCCUCCGAUGCCGAAUUUAUACGUUCCGUCCGCCCUCCUCCGAUGCCGAAUUUAUACGUUGUCCGCCCUCCUCCGAUGCCGAAUUUAUACGUUGUCCGCCCCUCCUCCGAUGCCGAAUUUAUCCGUUGUCCGCCCUCCUCCGAUGCCGAAUUUAUCCGUUGUCCGCCCUCCUCCGAUGCCGAAUUUAUCCAUUGUCCGCCUCCUCCGAUGCCGAAUUUAUCCGUUGUCCGCCCUCCUCCGAUGCCGAAUUUAUCCGUUGUCCGCCCUCCUCCGAUGCCGAAUUUAUCCAUUGUCCGCCCUCCUCCGAUGCCGAAUUUAUACGUUGUCCGCCCUCCUUCGAUGCCGAAUUUAUACGUUGUCCGCCUCCUCCGAUGUCGAUGCCGAAUUUAUCAUUGUCCGCCCUCCUCCGAUGCCGAAUUUAUACGUUGUCCGCCCUCCUCCGAUGCCGAAAUUUAUACGUUGUCCGUCCUUUCGAUGCCCGUUGUCCGCCUCCUCCGAUGCCGAAUUUAUCCAUUGUCCGCCCUCCUCCGAUGCCGAAUUUAUACGUUGUCCGCCCUCCUCCGAUGCCGAAUUUAUACGUUGUCCGCCUCCCUCCGAUGGCACUCCCUCCGAUGCCGAAUUUAUCCGUUGUCCGCCCUCCUGUUGUCCGCCCUCCUCCGAUGCCGAAUUUAUCCAUUGUCCGCCCUCCUCCGAUGCCGAAUUAUACGUUGUCCGCCCUCCUCCGAUGCCGAAUUUAUCCGUUGUCCGCCCUCCUCCGAUGCCGAAUUUAUACUUUGUCCGCCCUCCUCCGAUGCCGAAUUUAUCCGUUGUCCGCCCUCCUCCGAUGCCGAAUUUAUACGUUGUCCGCCCUCCUCCGAUGCCGAAUUUAUCCAUUGUCCGCCCUCCUCCGAUGCCGAAUUUAUCCGUUGUCCGUCCCCUCCUCCGAUGCCGAAUUUAUCCGUUGUCCGCCCUCCUCCGAUGCCGAAUUUAUCCGUUGUCCGCCUCCUCCGAUGCCGAAUUUAUACGUUGUCCGCGCCUCCUCCGAUGCCGAAUUUAUCCGUUGUCCGCCCUCCUCCGAUGCCGAUUUUAUACAUUGUCCGCCCUCCUCCGAUGCCGGAAUUUAUCCAUUGUCCGAUUCCCUAA